ACUGCUGUGGAGAACAUGAAUGGGGUUCAUGGCAUCUCUGGGAGCAUACGGGGAAUAAUGACUCCGAUGAAAGACAAAUAUUCCAAACUGGUUAGGACUCAUGUCUUUUCCAUCUCUGUUCACAGCGAUGGGUAUGGAGCUCUAUGAGACACUGGCCACGGUGGGCGAAGGAAGCUAUGGUACUGUCUUCAAGUGUCGGCACCGCCACACCGGUCGCGUGGUGGCUGUGAAGAAGUUGCUGGAAUUGGACGAUGACAAGACGGUCAACAGGAUCGCCCUGAGGGAGAUCAAGCUGCUCAAGGAUCUCCGCCAUGAAAACCUGGUGAACCUGCUGGAGGUGUGUCGGCACCGCAGGCGCUGGUUUCUGGUCUUUGAGUUUGUGGAGGGGACAGUCCUGGACCAGCUAGAACAGAAUCCAGGCGGACUGGACCUGGACACCACCCGCCGGUACCUGUACCAGAUACUGAGGGCCACUGCCUUCUGUCACCAGCAUCAUGUCAUCCAUCGUGACAUCAAACCAGAGAACAUCCUGGUGUCUCAGGGGGGCGUGGUCAAACUGUGUGACUUCGGCUUCGCCCGCUCCAUGGUGUCGCCCGGGGAGACGGUCGUCUACACCGACUAUGUAGCAACACGCUGGUACCGCGCCCCGGAGCUCCUGGUGGGAGACCCCAAGUAUGGAAAACCAGUAGAUGUGUGGGCUAUCGGGUGUGUGUUGAUGGAGAUGUUAACAGGUGAACCGCUGUUCCCCGGCGACUCAGACCUCGACCAGCUCUACCACAUUGUCAGAUUCUUUGGGAAUCUGACGGUUCAUCACCAGGAGUUGUUCUACAGGAAUCCGGUCUUCUCUGGAGUCAGACUGCCAGAAUGUUGCGACACACAACCGCUAGAACAACGAUACCCCGGUUUGUCAACCUACUCAGUGGACCUGGCACAGGAGUGUCUUCAGACAGAUCCAGAGAGCAGAUCUCAGUGUUCAGAUCUCCUGCUGCAUUCCUUCUUCACACACGACUCCUUCCAUCUCAGGUUAACUGAUGAGCUUAACGCCAAGAUCCUACUAGAGCAGAGGGAGAGCUGCACCCUCCCUAAGAUCAUCAUAUCCCCAAGAAGAGAGAGGGAUGAUGAGGAGGAGAGGGGCCGAAGAGGAAAACCGAGGCUGGAUCUGCCCUACACAACCCUUAUUCUGGGUUACGAGAGGCCACCUGAGAAGAAGAGACGCCGACUCAUCGGGACGCAUCAUGGCACAACAACAGGGAGGUUUGACGGACAGCUGGAAGCCCCGCCCUGCUUCGGCAACAACUAUGACCAUAUAUGGCCUUCCUUCUCUGAGGCCACACCCCAGUGCAUCCAUUAG